CCCGAGUAGGGCAUCCAACCACCCAUGACCAAACUGACCAAUAAAAAAUUCCAGGAAAUCAAAGUGAAAAACUUCUCACAGAAUCUCAAGUCUCGUACAACGAGAGAAAAGAAAUGGGGAGAACCAGGCUAAUAAUUACUCCAGUUCUUCUCUUCUUGUUGUUUCCUUUGCAAGACCCUUUAGUUCAGGGUCUUGAAGAACCAGCUGCCAGAAAUCUUAAACAAGAGGCGGGGUUGGCUCAUGAAGUUCAUUGUUCAAGAGAGAGAAGCAGGGCAGCCUGGGAUAUCAUAGAGGAGUAUUUGAUGCCGUUUGUAGAGCAAGAAAGGUUUCAAAUUUCGAAUAAGUGUAGGCUUCAUCAGGACAAUGAUAUGUUCAGGGAUCAAGAGCAGCACAAGAUUCAUGUCGAUAUAAACGAAUGGCGGUGUGGAUAUUGUAAGAAAAGCUUCCGCGCUGAAAAAUUUCUUGAUCAGCAUUUUGACAAUAGACACCACAAUCUUCUUAAUGUUAGUCACAGCAACUGUUUGGCUGAUUUAUGUGGAGCAUUGCAUUGUGAUUUUGUGAUGAAUUCCAAGUCUUCCAAAACCAAGUGCAAUCCUGCAGCUGUUGCAAGGAAUCGCCACCUUUGUGAGAGUCUUGCCAACAACUGUUUUCGUAUUAAUCAGGGUCCCUCAGCAAGCCGUCUUCAUGAAUUGUUUUUGCGACAAUUUUGUGAUGCUCACACUUGCCCGGCAAAAAGAAAGCUGUUUCCUAAAGGAGGCAAGAAGCAAACGAGUAUAUUCUACCUGGCUAUUUCCAUUUUGACUUUGAUGCUGCUACCCAUAUUCUAUCUUAUUGUUUAUUUGUAUCAAAGAGAAAUGAGAAGGGGAACCCAAGAGCUCAGGCGAAUCUCUCAAGUUGGCCGGAAAACAAAACCCUCAUAAUUGGUGAAGGACAGAAACUGAUAUCAAGAUGUACGAUUAUGAAGAUCUGUAUAUCAAGUUGACUCCCAUCUAUAGAUUACCCAGAACAACUGCCUGUCAUCUGAAGGUUCAAAAGGGUAGAAAUUUUUGAGAAUUCCAUUUGUGAAAUUUCCUUCAAAUUCCUGGUGUAACCUUUCCUCUCCGACUACGCGGGUUUGUAAUGAAUACAACAAAAGAUGUAUACAAAUAUUUAUUCUCUUGAUCAAUGAAACUUAUAUUUGUCAUUUGCAGUCACUUAUGACUCUGCUCUUUGGUAAUU